GCGCGGGCCGAGGAGAUCCUCGCCAGGUGCUGCGUCCGCCUCUAACGGGCCAUUCUGCAGGGCAUGGACUCGCUGGUUCUGGAGAGUGUGAUGUUUGCCAUCCUGGCAGAGCGGGCCCUGGGGCCGCGGCUCUAUGGGGUCUUUCCCCAGGGGCGCCUGGAGCAGUACAUUCCGAGCCGGCGUCUGCGCACGGAGGAUCUGCAGGACCCCGACAUCUCCAGGGAGAUCGCGAUGAAGAUGUCCCGCUUCCACGGCAUGGUGAUGCCCUUCAACAAGGAGCCCAAGUGGCUGUUUGGGACCAUGGAACGGUACUUGAAGCAGAUUGCUGAGCUCACCUUCCCCCAGGAAGCCCAACGGAAGAAAUUCAACCAGCUCAAAGCCUAUAACCUGCAGCAGGAAAUGGGGAGCCUCAGGGAGCUGCUGGAGUCUACACCCUCCCCUGUGGUCUUCUGCCACAAUGAUGUGCAGGAAGGGAACAUCCUGCUGCUGGCUGGGCGUGAGUCACAUCCUACUGACAAGCUGAUGCUGAUAGACUUUGAAUACAGCAGCUACAACUAUAGGGGCUUUGACAUCGGCAAUCACUUCUGUGAGUGGGUGUACGACUACACCCACGACACGUGGCCUUACUACCAGGCCUCCAUGGACAACUACCCGACGCGCCAGCAGCAGAACUGGAUUCCCGCCCCCCUCAGGGACAGUGCAGAGGCUGUGGGGGGUAAGGGUAACGGCGGAGCUGAGGGAGCGAGAACGAGCCUGGGGAUGAACCUGCUCCACUUCAUCCGGCACUACCUGUGGGAGGACUCGGGGCGGCCCGGGGACACCACGCACGGGGAGCAGGCCCGCAUUGAGGAGGAGAUGCUCACUGAAAUCAGCCGGUUUGCUCUGGCCUCUCACUUCUUUUGGGGCCUCUGGUCCAUCCUGCAGGCGAAGAUCUCCACCAUUGAGUUCGGCUACCUGGAUUACGCGCUGUGCCGGUUCCAGGCCUACUUCCAGCAGAAGGCGCAGUGCCCGUGACCGUCCCGGCUCUGCCUGCGCUGCGCUCGCCUGCCUCAGGCCCCCGGGCUCGCGGUGCCGCAGAUACGUGGGGCCUGGCUGGAGCAGCACAGUGGCUCCUCCCUGCCAAGGGGACAGCAGCUGGCAAGGACCCCAAGGGACCAAUGCCCCCAGACCAGCCUCCCUUGCCCCGUGGGGCAGGGGGCUGCUCUGGCUGGCCAGUGAGCAGGGGUGGGGUUUGGGGGUCUCUCUGCAGGCAUUUGGGGGCAGGGCUGGGCUGGGCUGUCAGGGAGGGAAACUGUUCAUGUUCCGGUUUGGGGAGUGAAGGUGCAUGUGUGAGGAUUCCCACCCCCUUCAGAGUGGGAUGUGUGGGGCCGGCUCUCCCCACUGCCCAUUGGCGGAUGUUGUGUGUGGCCGUGGGGCUCCCGCUCAGCAGGGCGGCUGCAGCCUUGGCCCCCUCUCUGGGGCCGGAGGGGCUCGGAUCCCCUGGGUUCCCUGCGAGUGCCCUGGGGGCUGCACACUGGGAGGUGAGGCCUGGGAGCUGAAUUUGCCGCACGUGCGUCUGCCUCUGUCCCUGCAUCUCUGUCUCCCCUGGCCUGCGGCGCUGCCCAGCUCUGCCGCCCUAGUGCCCUUCCUGCCUGCCGAUGUAACCUGGGAUCCCCUGGGGCUCAGCGAGCGUGGGCUGCAGGGGGGAGACCUGGGUGCUCUGCCCCUGCCCCCCGCAGGACCCUUUUCUGGAGAAGCUGGGGGCGUUUGUAGGGCAGUGCUGGCAUGGCUCUAGCGCCUCUCCCAUUGCUGGGAAUGAGGGGUGGGCUCUAGCGGGGUGUCCCCUGCUCCGGCUGGGGGAAGGGGUGGGGGAGCGUGUCCGGCAACCCUGCCCCAAAGCUCCUUCCUGCUUGGGCCCCGUGGUCGGAGCUCUGCACUCACUUUCUCUGCCAGUCCCCAGUGCUUGCUGCUGCCAUCCCCUCGGAGCUGAGCCUGGGCAGGGCCCUCCACUGCCCAGCAAUGGGCUGUGAACUCUGCACUCAGACCAAUAAAUGCCUGGCACUGUC